AGUAAUACCUUCACGAACCCUAAACAUGGCAUCACUUUGUCGGACCCUAGUUUCUGAUGGAGGGUAGGACAUUGUAAAAUGUAGCAGCGUUGGGUUGACCCUUCUUUCACGCUGAUUCCACGAAUACGCAUUUUCAUGCUUUUGAUAUAUUUAAUAAGGAGACGUCAAAGGAUUUUGUUUUCUCCCAAUGACUUUACCAUUCUCUGAGAGUGUUGACCCAUCAACUAUUGACAGUAAGAAGAAGAUUGGCACUCAUGAAUAGUAAUAGAAACUGCAUAAGACUGCAAUCUUUUCACAGGAGUAAUAUCUUGGAUUUCAAAAGCGGAGAAUUGGUCCUGAGCACGUCCGAAAAUUGGCUCAAAGAGUACUUGGAAAAGGCUAAAAAAGAAUUUGAUGAGCGUUUUAAAGCCAACCCCUCGUACAAUGAGUCCAUACGGAACUUUACUCUGAUCAGAACGUUGGGGUCCGGGUCGUUUGGACGAGUCAUGCUGGCCCAACACAACAGCGACUCGUCCGGCAAGUGCUUCGCCAUUAAAAUUCUUAACAAAGAGAAGGUUGUUCGGACUAAACAGGUUGACCACACAAUCAAUGAGAAGCGACUGCUGGGUAGUGUCGGAAAUUUUCCGUUUAUCAUACGACUUGUGAUGGCAUUUAAAGACACGACGAAUCUCUACAUGGUGAUGGAAUUCUCCCCGGGCGGGGAGCUUUUCCGGUUGAUCAGGAGAAAGGGUCGAAUCCCCGAAGCCUGGGCCCAGUUUUACUCCGCCCAGGUAGUGUUGGCGCUGCAGUACCUGCACAAUGCUACCGUCCUGUACCGGGAUCUCAAGCCAGAGAAUCUUCUCAUAGACGGCACGGGUUACCUCAAGAUGGCAGACUUCGGGUUUGCCAAACGAGGCCACCAAACAUGGACUCUGUGUGGAACCCCCCAGUACAUCGCCCCCGAGAUGAUCCUCAACAAAGGUUAUGGCAAGUCUGUCGACUACUGGGGCUUAGGUAUACUGAUAUACGAAAUGGUUGCAGGUUAUGUACCAUUUGACCAUAAGACACCUAUCAAGCUGUAUGAAAUGAUAGUAGAGUGUAACGUCAAUUAUCCCAGCCAUUUCAAGCCGCAGCUCUCCAACCUCUUGUCCAAGCUCAUUCAGAUAGACGUCACUAAACGAUAUGGCAAUCUCAAAGAGGGCGCCUUUGACAUAAUCAACCACCUCUGGUACAAGGAUGUUGACUUUCGGAAAAUAAUAACCAAGGCCUACCAAGCACCAUGGAUUCCACAUCUUAAAAAUGAAACCGAUACCUCAAAUUUUGAGCGCAGUAAAGAAGAAAGCAUUUCUAUUUUGAAGACUGAUAAAUACGUUGAAGAGUUCAUUGAUUUCUAAAAUCUUUCGGAUCACUCUACCAGGAAAUAACACCCAAAGUGAAACAGCAACUUGUAGCGUUGGUUUUAAAAAGAUGGAAUGUCGUAUCCAUUGAAACAAACUAUAUAGAUGGGUCCUGAAUAAAAAUUAACAUUUAGUAAAGCUUUACUGGCCAGUUGGGCUCAAGUUUUACUAAAAACAAUUGUCUCAAGCAGCUGGUUUGCUGGUCUCUACAAUGUAGCGUUUUCUAAGAACCAAUCAGACUAAACUAGACAGUAUUUAAUUCAAAUAUGUAAACUAUUGGUUGCAAGAAGUUAAAAUUAUUCUGUUUAGAUUAUACUUUUCAAAUAUUUUUGAAUGAAAAUAUAUUUGUGUUUAAAUGCGACAGGCUUAAGAAAUUAGAACAGAGGCAGUAAUUAGUUGAUUAGACCCUGACUGGCCCAGCCCAUCAUAUUGCUCAUGUUUAGGUUCUCUAUAAUUCAUAUUUCAACAAGAAACAAAUAUUUGUGUUUAACAUCUUAUGCAGUUAUUUUUAACCCUUCAUUACACUGAUUAAAUCCCUUUCAAUCAAUAACAGAAUUACCUGUAACAUUAGGAUAAUUUUUAUUUUUUUAAUAAAUCCUCAAAACAAUAAAAAAUAAGUAUUGAAGGAAGAGAAGCUUUUAAUGAAUAUUUGAUUGAAAUGUUCCUCGCCAUGACCAUAAUAAUGCUUUGUUUGCUCUGGGUGUGAAAGCAGUUUGAAAUGUCUUGAAUGGCUGGAUGUCUGGCACACAACUAGAAGGUGAUCUGGGACUAAUUUAUAUGACAGGAAACCUGGAUGUACUUUCAACACGAUUAGUUGGUUUUUUUUUUUUUUACAUUUCUCAAUCCAAUGUUGUAGAUGUUUUUAUACAUUUAUUUUUCAUAAUAAUAAAGUCUUUU